UGGCGUAUUUUUUGUUGAGACUUCACAUAGAAUCGAGUACACAUUAGGCAUAUUUUUUUUAUGUAUUUGGUUAAGCAUUGCUCUUAGUUUUUGUUUUUGUUGAUAAAAACCACUUAAGACUUUAAUUCGGCAGAAUCUGUUCGUUAUGGAUCCGAAAGAGCAAAAAAAGAAGAAUAAAAAGGAAAAACGGGAUGCGAAAAGGGAGGAAAUGCAAUAUUUCCGAAAACAAUUGGACCAACUGGCCACCGAUGAGAAACGAGAUCAGCUUGCAUUCCCGCCAACAUUGCACAGUGGCCAACGAAAGCAGCUCCAUUCGUACGCACAUACACUUGGCCUGAAAUCGAAAUCCAAUGGAAAAGGUGACAAUCGGUUUUUGAUUGUUUACAAAAAGAAUGUGGCACCAUGUUUACCGACGGCUGAUAGUAAUGCGACAUAUUUACGACUCACCAAUAAUACGGUUGACAAAUUGGUGGAAUUAUUUGCCAAUGAUCCGGUUAGUGAUGUUGAGAAAGAAAACACCGUUUUUCGGUCGACGGACGGCCAAAGCCAUGCACAUCUGCCAUUUAUGUUUGGUGAUUCGCGGUCAAAAGCCCGUGUUACUGUUCCACCGAUUACACGUACCACCAACGAAUACACAGCCACUCGACAAAGUCUUCCCAUUUUUGAGUAUCGAGACGAAAUUUUGGGCGCCAUCAAUCAACACCAGGUCGUGGUCAUAUCGGGCGAAACAGGAUCCGGGAAAACGACGCAAGUUCCUCAGUAUAUUAUGGAAGAUUUCGCAGCUCGCCAGCAGGAAUGCCGAAUAAUUUGUACACAGCCACGGCGAUUGGCAACGACAUCAAUUGCCACACGUAUUUCACAGGAAAGAAACGACACACUUGGCAGGUCCGUUGGUUAUCAAAUCCGUCUAGACAGCCGAAUUUCACCAACGACAAAUUUGAUCUUUACUACGAGAAAUGAGCGUACGGCAUUGGGAAUCGCGGCGGGAAAAGGAUUCUACGAUGUGUUGACUAAACUGUUGAGUUUCGGUGCGAAUCCGUCAUUGAAAGACCCACACGGUAAAAUUGCAUUGGACUAUGCAGAUGAAAAUGAGCAAGAAGAUUGCUGUGAACUGUUGGCACACUGUGCCACACACUAUCAGAAUUUCACACCAAUCAAAGAGACGAUUUUAGAAGAUGACGGUGACAGUGAAGCUCAAGCAAAAGCCUGGCAACAAUUCAAAUUGAUUGCAUACAAAAUGACAUCCGGCGCAUUGAUGAAAUCGAAUGACAUCGAUCACGAGCUACUUCAGCAUGUUCUCAUGCACAUUCACACCGUGAAGCCGCUCGAUGGCAGCAUCCUUGUCUUCUUGCCCGGCUAUGAAGAUAUUAUGGUGCAAAAAGACAUGAUCGAAUCUCGAUUCCACAUAACUAACUAUCAACUGUUUGUGUUGCACAGCGGUGUCAAUGGAACCAGCAAUGCGGAACAGACGAGAGUCUUCGAUCGAAUGCCAACUGGCAUACGGAAAAUCAUUCUCUCUACGAAUAUCGCCGAAACAUCGCUUACCAUCAACGAUGUGGUCUAUGUGGUCGAUGCGGGUAAAGUAAAGCAGCUAAGUUACGAUUCAAUCGGCGAAUCAACAUGUUUGACAUCGACGGACAUAUCGCAAGCGUGUGCCAAACAACGUGCCGGCCGAGCUGGCCGAAUUCGCAACGGAUUUUGCUACCGUUUGUACUCAGUGGAGCAAUAUGAAGCAAUGGAAAAGUAUACGUUGCCCGAAAUUCUUCGGGUUCCACUCACGGAAAUCUGUCUCAACGCGAAAAUGUUGGCGGGUGAUUUAUCAAUUGAAGAAUUUUUGGUGAAAGCCUUGCAGCCGCCGUCGGUGAAAAAUAUUCGCCAAAGCAUCGAAUUGCUGAAGAAGAUCAACGCAUUGGAUGACAAGGAAAACAUUACGUAUUUGGGCAUCCAUUUGGCCAAUAUGCCAGUGGAUUGUCAACUAGGCAAAAUGAUUUUAUACGCAAUCAUGAUGCGCUGUCUGGAUCCGGUGGUGACAAUCGUCAGUGCGUUGUCGGUUAAGGAUCCGUUUAUGUUACCUCUCGGCAACGAAGGCGAAAAAAUCAGCGGGAUAAAGAAAGGAUUCGCGCGAAAUUCAUUGAGUGACCAUCAAAUGCUGUUGAACACAUUCAACGAAUGGUCGGCUCAAAAGAAGAAGCAAUAUGAGUUUUGCCACGAAAAUUUCAUUUCGUACGGUAACAUGCAAAUGAUUCAAGGUGUUCGCCGCCUGAUAAUGGGCCACUUGAAGAUGGCCGAAUUCGUGUGCGAAAACUCAGCUCGCAACAUCAAGAAAUUGAAUGAAAACUCAUUGCGUUGGGAAAUAGUAAAGGUAUGCCUAACGGCCGGCAUGUAUCCAAAUGUGUGUCGUAUCAAUACAAUGGCGGGUAAAAUCUUUUCGAAACAAGACAAUAAACUAUCGCCACAUAUGUCGUCAAUUUUGCGUGAGCGUCGAGCCCGGGGCCAAAUCGAUCGCACCAUAUUGGAUGCGGACGCCAAAUGGAUGGUUCAUGGUGAAAAAUCGCGUGUCACUCAUUUAUGCCUGAUUCGAAAUAUCACCGUUAUCCCAGCUAUUGAUGUGGCCCUGUUCGCCGGACCGAUUAAUUUGCCGGAAUCGAAUCUGGUGUCGCCUCGAGAGAACAAAAACGAAGUUUUGUCGGACAUGGACUGUGAUGAUAUUCCUCUGGAAGAUGACAUCGACAAUGUCGAUCUUGAUGACGAACUCUUUGCACAUGACGAUGAAUAUAAUUCCGAUGCCGUGCUCAACAUUGACGAUUGGAUCAGUUUUAUCGUUGAUGAAACCGAAGCAUCGCUCUUGUUUCAAUUGCGCCAAAAAUUUGCGUCAAUGUUUGUGAAAUUUUUACGAAACCCGGUCUCAUUUCAUAUGACCAACAAAGAAGCGGCCAUGCUGAAGGUUUUACUUGAGGUGAUUUGCGAGGAGGAUGACAUUGAACAGUUUGUGAAAGCAAAAGUUGCAGCCAUUGAGGCCAAAGAAAAGGAAAACGAGAGUGAUGGCGUUGUUGAAGUGCUGCAGCGGAAUCAAGAGCAGCUGCGGAAGAAUAACCGAAAGCCUAUUCCAGAUAGGCCAUUCGGCCCGGCGAUUACAUCCGAUAUUUACACUCAAGCCAUUGAACCCGGACAUCGACGCAAUCGAAAGAAGAAGAAAAACUAUAAAAUGGCAUCACCGAAGAAAAAUUUUGAUUGGCGACGCAACGAUGACCCGCCGAUAGAUUGGGCUCGCGAUGGACCUGACUAUCGGUCAACAGUGGCACAAGGGUCAAACUCAACUGAUUCCAGUUCAGCACAGUAUCCAAGGGUGAACCCACAGCAACGAUUGACACAAGGCCAAUUCAAUAAAUUGAAUGCACCCUUUUCAGCACCUUCAUUUCUACUGAAUACACCAUCGCUGCAAGAUUUCAACGUUCCAAGCGUAUCGAGGAUAGCACCAAAUCUAGCAUCCAUGAAUGAUCUUAUUCAAAAUCGAUACUUUGUACUCACGGUGAAAGAUGUCGGUCAGAUUUAUGCGAGUGUUUAUCAGCGUCAUUGGAAAUUCCGUACACCAUUGCAUCAUUUGAAGAAAGCGGCACGUGAAUCGGCGCCAGCAAAAAUCAUUUUGCUUCUCCACGUUCAGAAGAAAUCGGCCAUUUUUGGCAUUUGCCAAUUCCAAACACGAAGCUCAGGCAAUUAUCACAUCGUCAACAUCGACAAAACUCAACACUUCAGACCAUUGAUUCAAUUUGAUGCGAAUGAUGACUUUGAAAUGGCACCUGAACAAGGAAAUGAAUUGUACAAUCACUUUAUUACCAUGAACUAGUUGGAGUUUGGAAACUGAAAAAUAUACCAAAAAAUCUCCCGAUUUUGGAUUUUGGCAAAAUAUAAAACACCAUCAUUUCACCAAUGUGAUUCUUUUCGAAUUAAGUUAAAAAUUUACCAUCAUUAGAUUUAAUGUCAAAGUUAGUUCAUUAGAUUUAAUGGUUGAAAGGCAAAAUUGUUUAGAAACAAAGAAAAAUUGUUUGAAAUAUUGUUCGAAAAAAAAUCACAAAAUUGAAAAUAAAAAAUAGAAAAAAGAAUAAAUAAAAGAAAUGGUGUCUCAACACAAAGUUGAGUUCUAAAGGCAAA